AUGGAUACCGUCAUCAACAUGGCCGAUGCCGAGCACGCCCUCGAUCUUGCCCGCAUCCGGUUCCAGCUCAUCCGUCUUGAGGAUACAAUCACUUUUCAUCUGAUUGAGCGGGUGCAGUUUGCAUUGAACAGUAAAAUCUAUGUCCCUGGCGCUCUCGAGCUACCCCAGGGCCAUCAUAGCUUCCUUGACUGGUACUUUAGCGAGCAGGAGAAGCUCCAGUCCCUGAUCCGCCGCUUCGAGUCGCCUGACGAGUACCCCUUCUACCCCGAAGCUCUACAGAAGCCCAUCCUCGACCCCCUCAACUACCCCAAGAUCCUCCACGACAACGAUGUCAACGUAAACGACAAGAUCAAGAAGUUUUAUAUUGAAAAGUUUCUCCCCGCCGUGUGCCCCGACUUCGGCCGCGAGGAGCGGGGCGAGUCUCAGGAGAACUACGGCUCGACGGCGACGUGCGAUAUUGCGUGCCUGCAGGCUCUGUCGCGGCGCAUCCACUUUGGCAAGUUUGUCGCCGAGUCCAAGUUCCGGUCUGAGGAGGAAAAGUUCACACGCCUCAUCAAGGCCGAGGACCGCGAGGGUAUCGCCGAGUCCAUCACCAACAGGGCCGUUGAGAGAAAGGUGCUCGAGCGGCUCCGCCUCAAGGCUCUGACCUACGGCAAGGACCCCUCUAUCCCAGACGGGACCGAGGGCGCCGCCAAGAUCAACGUCGAUGCCGUCGUGUCAAUGUACAAGGACUUUGUCAUCCCGCUGACCAAGGAGGUGGAGGUGGAAUACUUGAUGCAGAGGCUGGAACCGGCCGCCUGA